AUGGAUAAGUUGAAAAUAGUAAAGUGUUCUAACUGCAAUAUCGUUAUAUGUGAGGUGUUAGCCUUUGUUCAAAACAAGUUGGACGUUAUGGACGAACAAAGUCUUGCGCAAAUAUGUGAGAGUGCAUUUAGUGCUAAGGAUGUUGAAGUAGCGAAGUUGUUACUAUUUGAAUCGCUGAGUAAGCGACCGAAGGCGCGAAAACGUCAUGGCAAGACGCUGAGGAAUAUUGAGGACAUUAUAUGCAUGCUCAAGGAGACGGAUCCCGAACAGGUACCAAUUUUUGUAGCAAAAGAUCUCGAGAAACUACCGCCUAUAUCGUUUGAUCAUAUUGACGUGACCGCUUUGCUUAAGAAAAUAGUUCUUUUGGAGAAUUCCGUUAAGGAUAUUCAACUUAAAUAUGUUAAAAAGGUUGAUUUGACAGAAGAAGUAUAUAAAGAUUUCACUAGUAACUAUCCGUCAUUAAAACAGGCUACCAAAAACAUCAAUUUAAAGCGCGGGGCGUGCUAUGAUUUAAUGCACAACAGCGGGCCGAUGGCACUGACGUCAUGCAAUGAUUUACCACCAUUUGAUGGUGCAAAUGAACAAGAUGUAUUAGAGAAUAGUACGUGUGUAGUGGAUAAUCGUACCAGCCCACCGAUUUUGAGUGAGAUGGGAGGGUACACGAAUGAGGAAGUGCUUACUCCUUUACAACAAAUGAGUCGUCCACGUUUUGAAAUAUUACCGCAGUCAAUGACCGGUGAGGUGAAUGCACGCAGUGCAGUGCAGGCCGGCGUGAGUCAUAGCGCUGUUGUGCCUGAGCAAUGUGCAGAUAUUUGUAUUGAAAAGACAUCAACGCGCGUGGAGGCCCAUACCGCGGUUUCGAACAAAACGGUUAGUGCGAAACCUACGUGUGCGCGUACCGGGCCUCAUUUCAACGUGCCGCCGGUCAGCCGUGAGGGCGUCUUGAGCGGUAAUGUAAAUAGAAACGAAACGUUAACCUUUCAACGUAAGUCGUUUGCGGAGAUAGUUCGUAAGGAAGGAACAUGGAACAGCACACCUAAGGACGAACGCUGGAUUGAAGUACAGAGGAGGAGAUUGAGGAACAAGUUUGUAGGAAAUAAGGGAAAGGCUAAUAUAGAUUCCGAUGAGAAGUUUAAGGCAGCGGAUAUUCAGUUUUACAUCUAUAAUGUGAAUAAAGAGGCGACCGAUAAGGAUAUUGCGAAUUAUGUUAUGAAGAAAACUAGCGUUCCGAUUAUGCCUGUAAAAAUGAACAUGAAAUAUGAAAAGGAGUAUGUGGCGUAUAAGUUCUUCAUACCUAAGCACAAGCUGCCUGCAUUCAUGAAUGCGGAGCUUUGGCCGGACGGAGUAUCUUUUCGUCAGUAUAUUACAUACAGAAAAUAUGGCAUGGGUAAUAAAUAUCCGCGGGAAAUGAAGCAAUAA